AUGUUACUACUCCCUCCUGGAGUCCUGGUACUCAUGUUGAUGCAGCAGGACAUAUAUAUGGUUGCUGAUAGUCUUGACGCUGGCUAUACACUUAAUUUGGAAUUGGAUGUUUGCAAUUGUUCAAGUUAUGGGGAUUCAUCUGUUGUUAAUCGUGGAGUUGAUGAUGUGACUUCUGUUGGUAGUUCUAUUUUAUCUUCAAACUGCAAUGAAGAAUCUGGUACAAGUCAUUCUAUUUCAUCUGCUGCUCAAAAGACGUAUAUUCCUUUGAAUGUUCUUGACGUUUCGAAGCCAACUAUUAAUCAAUGCUUUCAGAGUUUGGACCAAGGUUUCAUAUUUUACAAGGAGUAUGGUCGUUUAGGUGGUUUUGAUGUGAGGAAGGGAACUGAAAAGAGGGAUGAAUCUGGUAUAGUUAGUAUUAAACAUUAUACAUGCAGUAAAGAAGGGUGUAAUGAUUUUCGUAGUACUUUGGAUAGUAAUUUGAGUAAAGUUAAGCGAAGGCGGACUGCUUCUACUAGGUGUUGUUGCAAAGCAAAGAUAGUAUUAAAACUUAAUAAGGAUAGAGAAUAUUUUGUGUUUAAGUUUGAUGAGGUGCAUAAUCACCCCUUGGUUGAUGAAUCUGGAAGGCAAUUUUUGCGAUCUAGUCGUCAAAUGACUAUAAGUUCGAGGAAUUUUGUGUUUGAUGCUGCAAAAGUUAACAUUGGCUGUAGUAAAGCUUACGGUUUGAUGAAAGAAAUGGUUGGUGGGUAUUCUAAUGUUGGAGCUACAGUGAGAGAUUUUAGGAACUUUAAUCGGGACUUGAAAUGCUACAUUGGAGAAGGAGAUGGACAAAUGUUAAUUGAAAAGUUUAAAGUGUUGCAGGAGGGGUCGAGUUCUUUCUAUUAUGCAUAUGAGCUUGAUGAGACAGGGCAUUUGACGAAGCUUUUUUGGGCUGAUGCAAUUUGUCGGAGGAAUUUCGAGGUGUAUGGGGAUGCGGUUUCAUUUGAUGCAACGUUCGAUACAAAUAAGUAUAAUAUGAUAUUUGCCCCGUUCACUGGGGUUGAUAAACACGAAAAAUGUGUCACUUUUGCUGCUUGCCUUUUGGCAAAGGAAGACGUUACUCAUUAUAAAUGGGUUUUUGAUCAGUUUUCUACAUGUAUGAAACGUCAUCCUGUUGUUAUCAUCACUGAUCAGUGUCCAGCAAUGAAAAUUGCACUUGGUAAUCGGUUAUGUAAAGAGACUGAUUUCAUGGAGAAGAUGAAAAAGUAUAUAUGGUCAAAACAUUUAGAUAUUGCUGAGUUUGAACAAGGAUGGCAGGCUGUUAUGAAGGAGUUUAAUUUGGAAAAUAACAAGUGGUUGAGUGACAUGUAUGCUAUCAGAUCUUCAUGGAUUCCAGCUUUUUUUAGAGAUGAGCCUAUGUUAGGUUUAAUGAGGACCACGUCUAGAUCAGAAAGCGAGAAUCUUUUCUUUGCUCAGUUUCAUAAACAAGCUGAUUCAUUAUGUGAGUUUUGGUUGCGUUUUCAAAGUGCAAUGCAAAGACAACGAAAUGAGACGGAGAGGCUGGAUGAAGAGUCAAAAUUGAGCUUUCCCAAUACAUUGUCUACAUGGUUUAUUGAAGAUGAUGCGGCUGAUUUGUUUACUCGGACAGUUUUUUACAAAGUUCAAGAGGGGAUUUUGGCAGCAUGUUUGGAUAUGCAAAUCAAACGGAUGAGUGAAGAGGUGGAAGGUAUUACUAAUUUUGAAAUCAAGGAUGUAAAAGUGAAAGAAAAGAUCUUCAAGUUGUAUGCAUCACAAUAUUGCUCUGAAAUUACAGAGCUCCUGCGAAGGCUGCCUCGUGUAUCGGUUAGUAAAGAGCAUGCUGUUUGUUCUUGCAAGAAGUUUGUGAUGUGUGGUAUAGUUUGCAGGCAUAGUUUUUGUGGUAUGAAGCAUAUUGGAGUAACAAGAUUUCCUAAAAGUCUUAUUUUAAACCGAUGGUCAAAAAUUGCUGAUUGUGGAAGCUCGUGUGAUAUGAUAUCUGCUGAUUAUUUUAAGAUGGAGAAGGUUUCAUUAAAAUUGAUGAACAUUUGGUUUGAUUUUCGUCAAGUUCUUAACAAAGCUGGAGUGCAGAUGGAAGUCCUUGAAUUUGUGCAUCAAACUGUGAAGGACUUAAGCACCAAAGUUGGCAAUAAUUUGGAUGGUGCUUCUUUUUCCAAAAAGGAUCACAUGGCUGCUUUGAUUGGUGAACAGCCUCAAGGGGAACUUACUGUGCUAGUUCCGAAUAUUUCUAAAAACAAAGGAAAUUAUUUUAAAUCAGGGAGGUUGAUUAGCGAGAGGGAGAAAGCAAUUACAAAAGCGAAUAAGAGAAUACGAAGGUGUAAAGAAUGCUUAGCUACAACUCAUGAUUCACGUACUUGCCCAAAGAAGAAGGAGUUACAAAAGUGA